UACUGGGUCUACGAAACACACCCCCCAUCGGAAGUGAAUGUAGAAUAUGUCUGCCUGGAGACAGCGCCGGUCCACUACCGCCGCAAUAUUGCCUAUCAUGUAUGCAGGCGCAGAAUGCUCGAGCCGCGUGGGCGCAAGCAAACAGAUGAUGAGUAAAAUGAUUGCUCACGACCAAAGACCCCCGAACGCACGACCCCUAAAGCCAAAACCCCCUGACCAACUCAAAUGUGGAUGCGUAUAUUUUCAUCUACAUGGAGACCAAACAGAGGCUGAGAAUAGCCCUCGUUGCUGCUUGUCAGUCCGGAUGUGAGACAUUUGACCAGCACUAAAACUAGGCUUCAGUUCAGGGUUUUUC